GGCAUUACAAAUGGGAACUGUACUUGUUGUGUGUGUGUGUUUAAGCUAGCCAGAUUUGGUUUAUAUAUAAUAGUUGUUGUUGCUGAAUAUUAUUAUUAUAACACUCAUGCGUACGUAUUGUAAGAAGUUUCGGUGGGCCUGCUGGCGUUAGCCGCAGCUGAAGUGAUCUGUCGGCAGGCUAAAUGUCUGUCCGGCGGGCUGUGGUGGACUGUGCCGUGCUGUCCCAGCAGGACGCCUGCGUCUUCUACCCGUGCUGUGCAGGCUGCUUCUCCAGGACUGAUGUUGACCAACAGGACACGACGAGAUGCAGAUGUCCCAAGUGUGGGUACAGCUGUCUGAGGGAGCAGGUUGAUUACAGAUAUCGUCUCUCUCUGAGGGUGACCCGGGAUGGAUGCAUAUUUGGAGUAACAGUAUUUGGCACCUGCUUGAACCCAUUCUUUGGCAUUCAUGCGAGUGGUUUACAGAGGUUGGUGGAGAACUCGGAUGAACCAGUUGGAGCCUCAACCAGAUCCAUGUUGUUGCGAAAGGCUGUCGAGGACUGUUUCAUUGGCAGACAUUUCAUCUUUGGUAUAAAGGUAACCGGUACAGAAAAUUGGCCUUGGUUAGGAGGCUCUGUUGUUAAUGGGUCCAGCAGUAAAGACAUGGUCCAAUUCAUCGCCAGUCAGAUGUUUCUCCCCAAAGCUGCAGGACUGGAAGGCUGCACGGUGGUCAGUUAUUAUCACACCCUUCUUCAGAAAGCUGCAGAAUGUGAGCUGGGCUCCACUGAUCCCCACAAACCCUCCAAACCCCCAGCAACAACCCCCCUGCUGCUGAUUCCUCACUACUCUCCAGCCAGCAGCUUCAAUAAUGGAACACUUUGUGCCUCUGGUCUUCUUUUGCAGUCACUGCAAAGAUCCCCAUACCAAGACUGCUCCCUUUCUCCCACUCCUCCAUGGCAACAAUCACUAGGACUCGUUACUUCAUCUGCAGAGCAGGAGGAAGGCUGCAGUACCCAGGACAAUGGAGAUGAGAACAGCAGACACACAGACAACAUCAGAACACCACAUCAUGCACAGAGAGGCAGCGAGGAGGACCAUAAAGUCACAGAGGAGACAGUGCCGCAACCUCCUCUUUCUUUAGAGUGCAGUUCUUACAACCAUCCGUCGUUUGCCCAAUACCCACACUCAUCUAUUGAGAAAGCUGUUGGAAACACCACCAUCCUGAACACAUGGUUCAGUCCCUCCCCACCUGGCUACAACAGCUCCAAGGUGAAGGGGUUUUCUGUUAGACAGCCCGCCGAAACAUUUUUGCCAAGCUCCUUGGCUUGGGAGGAUUUGCCUUUGUCUGAGAGUCUUACAGAGUUUUUAUGUGAGGGAAACAAACAUUUUGACACUGUUAGAGGAGCAGAUCCAAGUGUAAAUGUGCAAAAUCAAAAGGAAGCAAGAAGAAACAACCUGGAAAUCAGAUCACACGAGAAGAAGUUAUUAACUGAAUCAACAUCUGUUUGUAACACACAGAUUACAGACAGUCACUCAUGCAUAUUACUGGACCUCACUAACACACCUGCACCAAAUGGAGGUGACAGACAUGAUUUAUCUGACCGGAUCCCUGCUGGAUGUGAAAACAAGAGUCAAGCCACAAACAUUUGUUCCCAUGGACGCAAUCAGGAAGAUGAGAAAGUUAGUUGUUUUGAAAACGAAGAUGAAGAGCAGCUUGAAGGGAAUACCUACAAUUGUUCAGCAGACCUUUUCAGUAGUUCGCUCAUGAUCGAUAUGAACACAGACACGCUCAGCAUGCAUGCAGAAACUGUGAGGACGUCCACAGAAGCUCGCCCACAGCUUUCCAAGACAGAUAAAUGGCACCUGAGCAGUGAAACAGUUCAUGUACCAAGUUCGACACCAGACAAACAGAAACUGAAAAGUCAUAAAUGCAUUAACAGAGACAGUUUAAUUCCACAAGAUCUUGACUUUAUCCCUCCCUCUCAGUCUACUCCCAUUGUAAAAGUAGUUGUUUUAUCAGGGUCACCUGCCUCAUCAUACAGAAUAUCUGGUGAAUUCAGUUCACAAGCUGACAGUCAAGAUUCUUGUGCUUUUUACAGAAAUCUGCCUGAAGUGGACAGUACAAAUCCAGCCAAAACCCUCUCUUCUCUUCUUAAACUGAACUGUGUCGGUGGUAAUCAGAUGUCCAGGUGUGGAAGAGAGUCUACAAAAGAAAACCUGUUGUGGAGUACGACAUCCAGCAGGCACAGCCAGAGAUCUACCCCAAAAAGGAGGUUCCGGAAACCAGACAGACAGAAAAGCCAUCUGCUGGCUCAGCAGCUCCCGAGGGUCCAGAAGGGGUCUCUAAACACAGGCUCCACAGGAAGGAUCAACCACAAAUGUGACUCAAGUGAUUGUGAUGUGACUGUGUGUGAUUAUGAGGACGGCGAAGCAGUUAUUGUUCCUCCCACUCCUGCUGCUAGAACACGUCAGAGUGUGAAGCUCAGGAGAAGAAAGCAGACUGAAAACAGCCGCAGUGAUCUGGGUUGUAUUUGGGAAAAUGAAAUUCACUGUAAAAGAACUCUGUUGGCUCAACCUCUCACAUCGUCACAAAGAGGUCUGGCUUGUGACAGUGAGACUGUUGAUGAGGCCAGUCUGGGUGGAUCUGAUCGUUGCCUCCUUGAUAAUGAGAACAAGGCAUGUGAUUGGUCCAGAGAUCUGUUCUCUGACUCUUUCUGAGAGGUUCUGUUGCAGGUGGACUUUAGAAAUUAUUCCAGAGGCUUUUCAAAUUUAUUUCAGGCUGGCAGCCCAAGUUAUGAUAGCCUAAAGAGUAUUACUACUACUACUGCUGCUACUAAUAGCUGUACUGUUGCUGAAAGUCCAACUCUAGAGCACAUAGUAAACACUAAAGAUAGGAGAGAGGCUGUUGAAAGGCACCACAGGAGAAGCCUUACCUCCCUGCGUUCUACUAUUUGCACAUUUAUCAGUUAAAGAGUUCAGCUGCUUCAGAUGAAGCAUACAGCCAUGUCUUCAUUGACAGACAUUUGCAGUAGACUAAGUUGUACUAAAGGUCUCAAGGCCAACUUCAGCAACCUUCCCAGAGGAGUGAAUGCUCUUACAGCACCAAAGGUGGGCAACUCUUACUAAUGCCCAGGGUUUCAUGGCAGAAUGUUUGGAUGUCCACAUGCUUUUAUAGAUUUAUUUUGAAAAGAAGAAUCUUCUACACACGGUGCACUGUUAAAAAUCAAGGCUUUGUGAACGCUACCAAAGUGAAGUGACAGUUAAAGGAUGAUAUGUGUAUGAUUGGGUGCUGCUGCUACGUCCAAGGACCAUUACAAUUAAAAUGUUCAAAUUCUUGGCAAAUAUUUAUUUUUCUUUUCUUGCACUUUAGUCUGCAUUGGUGGAUUAUAGAGGCAGACAGGAAAUACUGGUGAAGAAGAGGUAUGAUGGGGAGCAAAGAUCCCGAGCUGGAAUCAAACCAGGGACAUUGCACUUUGAAGAUGUGGUAUGCGUCAUCAUCAACCAAGAUGCUCUGUUACUCUUGAAUCUCUAGCUCUCCAGUCUAAAUUGAAUCACUGCUCCUGGGUACUUCUGUUGGCAGCAGAGUCUUUAAGAUGACCCGCUGUUCUGCAGCUACUGUGUGUCUUUUUGCAGGAGUGUUAAUGCGGUGAUGAGUUCGUUCAGUGUCAUGCCAAGGAGCUAAGAAUAGCGGCCACCAAAUAUCAUGACUGCAAUGUUCUGGAUGUGUGAGUAAAAGCGGGAGAGCAAAAUGAAGAUGAUGUUACAUGAGUUAAAAUGGAACUGGGACAAGAAGUAAACAGCUGGAGCUUUGUACUGUAUGUGUUACAGAAGCAGGGUUGGUAUGCAGUCAGCUGGGUAUGGCACGGUGUGUCUAUGUGGAAGUAACAGCAUCCUAUUUGGUUGCUCGUUUUUAUUUGAAGUACCGUGUGUACAUUUUUUCAUCAUGGAAACUCUUGAGUACUUCAGAGGUGCACGUAAAAGAUAUUUUGUCAUCAUACAUGUCAUGACCAUUUAUUGGGCCUUGGAGCCAGAAAGGCUCCGAGGACUUGUUUUUGGCCAGCAUACCUCAGGGAUGGCAGUGACUGAAAUAUCUCAAAGACUGUGGGAUGGAUUUCCAUGUAGUUUUGUUCACACAUUCAUGUUCCCUCAGAGGACGUAUUCUAAUGACUUUGAUGGUCUAAUGACUUUUUACCUAGUGCCUCCAGCAUGUCAGAAUUUUGGACAUGAUGUACUGGCACAGACACGCAUGGUGCCCAGAGGAUGAAUCUUAAUGGCUUUGAGGUUCCCCAUCAUUAGGUCAAAUUUUAGUUAGUCCAAUACUCUGAAUUCUCUAUCUAAGGGUGUUUUCAUACCUGUAGUUCGUCUGCUCUGGUCUCAGUCAGUUGAUAAUUUUAGUGAACUUUGUGUGUUUUCCCCUUGGCCUGGUUUCUUUCACACAAGCCAAAUACAAGUGAUAACGCUUACUUCCCUCUGUGGGCAGACAUGCCUGGGAUGGGAGGAAGGUUCUAAAGGAGGUCCAGUGGCCAAAUAUAACAUACUUCAUCGCACCAGUCCAGGUUGGUUCAUUCUCCAGCUAUUUGCUAGCAACUAUAAAAUUUGCUCAUCUGCACACCACUACGCAAAGCACGCCUGGCUCUGAGAGACAUUUUGCUCAGACUUGCUGAGUGCAUCUAGUCGAUGGAUUGUAUUGAGGUCAGAUCAUGCUUUCAUACAAAAUGGAACUGAACCAAGACCACCUCCUCUCAACGGUCUCGGCCUGGUUGUUUGGUCUGCAACAGGGUUCAGUUGACAGCUUUUACACCAGCCCUAACGAACGGCACUAACUGGGCAAAUGCACCAGGAACCAAACAUGUGUGAAAGCAUGACAGUUUGAUUUUCUUUGCUGAGAGCUGCUAGCAUGGCUGUAGAUUCUUCUCUUCUGUUAACUUUGCCAAAAAGUUGGGCACUUAAACAAAAAUCUUUGAGUAUAUUUAUAAGCCACUGAGCUGUGUUACACCUGUUAAGAGCACCAGCCCCUGAAUAUGAUCCAGUUGUACAAAAUACAUGUCUGUGUGGUGUGUUCUUGCAGUGCAUCUGCUGGCAGAGACAUCAUGUUUAAUCCACUUUUCAAAUGUGUGGUUGCAUGAAAAGGAAGGCCCUGUACCUUGUGCUGGAAAGUACAGUCGUACAGAACGUUAGCUAUGGGAGCCCUCAACAACUUUAGGCUGUGUCGUUUUGAUAUUUGGUGUGCGUGUGCCAGAGAAGUUUGGCUCCAGUUGCCUCAAUAAUAAAAAUAGUAUAUAUGACUUCAAGUGUCAGUAAAUUUAACCACUGCAAGUGUCAGUUCAUGCACUUUGGACAAUCAGCCCAUUCGGAUUUUAUAAGAUUUGAGUUUAAAGUCUGAUCUGAUGUUGGUGCUCAAAGAAAUACCCACCCCUCUGAAGAAUUACUUGAUUGUUUAAUCUUAUUACCAACUUAAACCUAAAUGUGAUGCAAUGGAUGUUAAAUGCAGACAAAUUAAAAUGCAUGCUAUUUUCAAAUGGAAAGUGUUAACAUUCAUCUUCCUAAGAUCUCAACUGCUCACAACACACAACCCAGAUGAUAAAGAAGUUGUGAUGUUGGGUAAAUCAAAGCAGAAUGCUGGUGAUAGUAUCAUGAUUGGGUAUGAAAGGAGCAUCCUGGAAAGGCUCAGUCGCUCACAGGCGAGGUUGGAGGGAAGUUCAUCACUUUGUGAACACAUGAUGUAUAACGGAUGUUACUCCAUGGGAACAUAUAAAACCAUUGUCAGUAAACACAAUUCAUUUGCAAAUGAUUGCAUUUUGUUUUUAUUAACAUUUUACACAGUGUCACAUCUUUUUUGCAGUCACAGUUGCAUAUAAAUCUCUCAUUGGGCUGGUUCCUUCUUUUCUGUAUACACACAUGU